AUGAAAGGCCCAGAGGUCCGACUGCAGGACGGAGGGCUGGCAGAGGAAAUGGAGGCCCAGCGAGGCCUCACUGGCUGUGGGCCCCGGAAAAGGGGGCCUGGCGAGAGGGAGACAGUGGAGGCCGCAGAAGCCCAGCUCCGCCUGUCCCUGCCACCCCUCCGGCCUCCAGCCCCAGCCCCGCUCUGGCGGCAGCAAGACCCCCUGCAGGCAGAGGAGUUUGUACCUGCCUCAACCGUCCCCUUCCCCAGCUCCCCCCACCAGGCUCACAGCCACCUGCUCACGUGCCCCCAGAUCAGUGCUGGGCACAACUCGAGCCACAUGCUGCCCGCACCUCGCAGGUCCCCUCGGGUCCCUCCAGCCUCCCAGCCACGGCCACCCACGGACCACACAGCCCACAUGCUCGACGGGCUGGUGGCUGGCGAAGGCGACGUGAUCAGCAAAGGAGAUGUGGCCUGGAGGGCCCGGCCCACUGGCUGUCCUUGCUCGGGGACUCCGAGCACCUGCACCAGUCCCUGGGGACACCGGCCAUCAGCCCCGGGCACCUCCGCUCUGAGUUCGGAGCUCAGUUCUGCUGCCCGUGGGGACAGGAGGGUGGAGGGAGAGCUGCGGGCAGAGGAGGAUACUGCCUACGAUACCAAAAUGGACGGGGAAACGAUUUCCACGGGCCUCGCCCAGGCUCUGUCACCUGCUCCCCAGGAGAGGCCAGAGGCACACUCCACUUUCACCGGGGCGCGGGGCUGGGACGGAGGGUCGGAGGAGGGAGACGCCACGCCAGCACCAGCUCGGGGACUCCAGGAGGAGAAGCGGGUGAUGGGAACUGGCUUGGUCCUCUGGCCCGUGGCUCCAGGAAGCACUUCCAAUCCUGGGAAGCAACCGGGCCCGGCCCCACCCCCAGAGAGCCCCACGCCCACUCCGAGGCAAGCUGGGUCACAGGGCCGCCGGCGCAUCUCCCGCAGGCUCCUGUCCCUGCUGGUAUGGGAGGGGGCUAGUUGCGUGGCUCUGGGGCCGCGGCCCUUCCUCUCCCGCCUGCUGCAGGCCCGAGCUAUCCAGCUGGGGGCUGGGGGAGACCGGAGGCGGGCCCUGGACCCGCGCCAGCUUGGCCCGCGCCGACGGGAGGGAGGGCAGCACGGCCUGGGGGAGGGGAGCCGGGGUGAGGGCGGGACACGGACCGCGGCCGCCUGCGGCUCUGAAGCUCUGGCUCUCUCCGGGCGCGCAGACUUGGGGCCAGAGACCCCGAUCCGCAAGCCUCGGCGAGGCCUCGUCCUUCACUGUGCUGAUGCGAAGCUUUCAAGGACACGUCUGCACCGGCCCGGCGGGAGUGCGUGGGGCGACCCCAGGCGCCCCCAUCUGCGCCGCUCCCACCCCCGCGUUUUCCGGCCCGGGAGGCGGGGGCCCGGGAUCCUCGCCCGCCCCGCCCCGCCCCCACACUGCGGCGCCGCCGCCACCGCCGCCCGGGCUCCCACGGCUCGCGGCGGGGGCGGGGAGGAGCCAGGCACGACACCCCCCACCCCUACAGCGCCGCCCGGCCCUCCGCGGGGAGGUGGCCGGAGGAGGAUCGCUGCGCCGCGCUCCCCGGCCCGGCCCCCCGAUCGUUCCCGGCCCGCCCCCGGGGGCCUCCCAGGUCCCCCGCCCCGCCGGGGCGAGGAGGGCGGGGAGCCAGGGGGAGGGGCGGGGGGCCCGGGUCGUGCCAGGCUGCCAUUUUCUGCCGCCGCCGCCGAGCCUGCGCGGGGCCCGGCCCCCGUCCCCCUCCCCCGCUCUCCGCGGGCCGCGGCGGAGGCCGAUUAUUCCGGGUCGGGGUCCGCGCCCUCGGGUGCCCCGGCCGCAGGCCCCAAGCGGGGCCCCGGGGCGCGGGCAGAACCCGGAAGGCGGGGGCGGCCGGGCCGGGGCCCCUGCGGCAGCGCGGAGCCGGGCACCGCGGCGGAGGCUGGCGGCGGAGGCUGGCGGCGGAGGGGCCCCCCGCGGCAUUGUAUAGACUUGAACUUGAGCCCAGAGCCGGGAGGAGGCGGGGAGGGGGCUCCGCGCAGGGAGCGGGCGGGACGGGAGGGGGGCGCCUUCCUAGCCCGCAGGGACAUCAACAAACCCUCCAACCCCCCGCGCCGCCCCGGCCCGCUGUCCCCGCCCGCAGCCCCGGCCCGCGGGCGCCCGGCGCCGAGUUGCAGGGUCCGGGAGCGCGCCCCGAGCCGGGCCCCCCGCCCGCCUCCCCGCCCCUCGCUCCCCGCCUGCCUCGGGGCCGGCCCUCCCGAGCCGCCAGCAGCGGCGCUCAUUACCGUGUGGCCGGUCGGGCCGGCUGCGCGCCCUGGUGCCGCGGCGCCGCGUCCCGGUUCGUCCUCUGCUCUCGCCGCCGCCGCCGCCCGCGCGCCCUCCCUCCCUCCCGGCCCGCCUGCCUGCCUCGCUCCCUCCCUCCGCUCGCUGUCGCGCUCCCUCUCUCCGCCUCCUCCGCCGGGUCCCCCCCCUCCCACCCCUUCUCUCCGCCUUCCUCCUUCCCUCCCUCCGGCCGCCCGCGGGCCCAGGCCUCCGCCCCGCCGCUCGCCCCCCGCGGCCGCGCUGGCCCCGGCCCCGGCGCUGCGGAGCCGGCCCGGGAGGCAGCGCCGACGGGGGGGCCCCGGGGCGCCGCGGCGGGAGCGGCCUGGGCGCGCGGCCGGUCCUAGCGCCCUCGGCCCGACUUCGCGGCCUCUGCGGCCCCGCCGUGGGUCCCCGCACGCCGCCAGACGCGAGGCCGGACCCCGCCGCUUCCCGACCUGCGCCGGGCCGGGGCACCCCGCCUUGGCCGCGCUCCGGGGCACUCCGCACCCCCCGGGUUGGAGCCGACCCGGAGCCUCGCAGCAGCCCUCCCCCCGCGGGGCGCCCUGCUACCUGGCGCUGCCUCGGCGCUGGGUCCCCGCAUCCAGCACUGGCCGCAGGGACAGCGGCCCCUCCUCUCCCCGGGCCGGUGUCAAGUGCCUCCCCCCGCAGCUCGCGGAGCCCCCGGCGGCCUUCGCCCUGCAGUUCUCCCGACCUCCGCCAGAGCCCACUGCACUCUGCGUGCCUCAGCACUGGGGCUGGGGACAGCAGCGCCGGCCCAUUCGCGCCUCAACCCCCACCCCACCCGCCACCCCCGCCGGGUACCGCGGAGGACUGGAGGAGGCCAGCCCGCUGGGCAGGGCCAAAGUCGGGACGCUAGGCCCAUCCAGGCCGUCCUGGAGGCUCGGGCAUCUGCAUGGGAUGAGCCCCCUUGAAGGGAGUGAGUUCCCCGUUCCUUGA